AUGCUCUCUGGGUGGGUUUGCUUCCAUCUCCUCAUCGCCACCAUUCACGCAAGAGAUGUCAAGUUCACUGAAGCCUCCAACGCGGAGCGCAUCAUCGCCAUCAACUCAACCCGCGCACCUUACCACAUCCCGCCCGCGACCUGGGGCCGUCUCAUGUCCCCGCCCAACGCAACCGGCCACUUCCCCUUCCAGGGCCCCAACCUCUCCGCUCCGUACCCCGGCAACGCCAGCACGCAAACCACACCGCUCACCUGGGCCAUAUCCCUCGACAUCAAAGCCGGCAUCUCCCUAGCCCACAGCGCGUCUCCCCACCUAUUCAACACAUCAACCUACGUCUCAGGCGGCGUCCUCUCCCUCACGGCCCCGAAAGCCCUCAUCGCGCCGGUGCUCCACAACGGCACCGCGUACCGCCACCACCGCACCUGGAAAGUCUGCGCCUUCAGCAUCGCGCCGCCAAUCACCUGGACCCCCGCCACGCAGCGCGAAAUGCACGACGCCGGCGACUGCCAGGCCGUCUGGUCGCACGCCUGCGUCGCCUGGCUCACAUCCGCGAUCCAGUCCGAGUUCAUGGACAGAUUCGUCAAGCCCGCGUUCGCGAACGACGCCGCGUGCCCUUUGAUCACCAUGCUCGACGGCCCGUGUGCGAUGAGCAGCUGGGUGCAGGGCUACGAGAUCGCCCUGGACCGGGAGACGCACGCCAUGUUCGCGCCGUGGGAGGACGGACAGGCGGUGCCGGACGAGAUGAUCCCGUACGUGAACGGCUCGGCUGUGUUCCAGUGGGCGUCGGACUGGGGCGAGAAGGGGAAUUUGACGGCGUACCAUCAGGAUACGGGGUUUUUCUGGCCGAUGUUUGUGGCGUUUGGGUUCAACGAGACGUGGAUGGCACGGGAGGCGAAUGCGUCGAAUGCGAGUUUGCCGCAGCCGCCGCUGGUGUCGUUUGUGUGCGCGCGGGCGCAGACGGCGGCGGUGGGGAGCGAGAUUCCGGAGAGCGGCGGGGUGGGUGGUGUGAGGGCGUCGUGGGGUGUGAUGGGUCUGCUUGCGACGUUUCCUGUGUGGCUUUUAUGA